AUGGCAUUCGCUAGCGUGUUCGCUCCAAAUUCACCUGAAGAAAUUGCUUGCAAACUUUCAGCACCCACAGGUUUAGAGCCUCAAUAUCAAACUGCAGCAUCUACACAUUCUCCAAGCAGAACAGACAAUUCGCUCAAUCCAAAGCCACUUUCACUACCAAAAACAAUACCAAACGAGCUCCGUAUUACAAAGAACCACAGCAACGCUGAACUACGCAAAAUACUACUCAGAUUGUCUGAAGAAUACUUCAAUUCAAAGCCAGAAGAAAGAGUUGCUGCAACUUUUAACAAAGAAUAUUGUGAACAACUCAACAAAGUUCUUGCAGACUUUACCAAACUACAAAAAGAAACACCUGACCCAUUCGAAUUAGGUGACACAAUUGUCACUAUUUUUCCAACAAUAACAAAGAUAAUGGUUGACAGAACUAUAUGUCAGCUUAUUGAAAGUCUUCCACCCAAAGCUGCAAAAAAAGUCGAACAGUUUUGGGUCGAAUUCAAAUUAAAGAGUAUGGAUAUCAGGAUGACGAGAAGAACGUGA